CAUAACUCGCUCUCACGUCCAAUCUACAUAAUAACAAGUAGUGAUAUGCGUAAACUGAGUGGUGGCUGCGUCUUGAAUAGCACCGCAUAUCCUCUCGACUCAUCACUAAUUCACGAGGAUGUCCAGUCGGGUGUGGCCACUAGCACUUUCACUCUGCAUCCUGGUGAACGGAAGCAAGUCCGUGCAUACAACUGGAACACAUCACUAUGGCUUGGAUUGUUCCGGUGUGUGUGAUUGUGCCGAAUAUGAAGAUUGCGAUGAUGGAUUGGCAGGUGAUGGUACUUGUUCGUGCGCUUUCGGCCAAGAAACUCUGUGUGGUAUCCCACACAGGCUGAUACCUACACCGGAAACACCAGCGUUGUGUGACAUCGACAAGCACCUCCCAUGCGACUCUCUUAGCGAGCCGGAAUUAGGAUGCUUGUGCACUCUCGAUGAGCUGAGAUUCCACAAUUGGACUCUGCGACACGUGUCCAUUGAUAGCGGCUUUCAUCGCGCACCCCGCAGCAUUCCCAAUGCGACGGCUGUGCGUGUGCUACCUAUGCCUAUGCGAGCAGCUUGUUUGCGACUGGUGGCCUUUGACAAUGCAACAUCGUUGCUGCUGAACUUAUCUCCGUCAGAGAGCACGUCAACGAGGUUCACUGAGUUGUUCAGUGGGCGUGCGCUGUUCCCCGGCUCACUUCCUUUUGCGCAUGUAUACGGCGGACAUCAGUUCGGUACAUUCUCGGGACAGCUCGGUGAUGGGCGGGUAAUCAGUAUCGGGGAGCUUAACAAUUGGGAAGUUAGUCUCAAAGGCGCGGGCAGAACACCACUGUCCAGAGCUGGUGACGGCAGAGCUGUGUUGCAGAGUGUGUGUCGCGAAUUUUUGGCAAGUGUGGCGCUGACUGCCCUUGGCGUCCCCACAACGCACUCACUGGCUGUCCUUGGAUCAGACGACAUGGCCGAUGCUUUACUCAGGGACGAAUGGUACACUGGGGAGUUACUAUCCAACUCGGCCGGGAUUCUGGUGCGCGUUGCACCGACGUUCCUUCGCUUCGGUACUUUUCAGCUGGCAGCCAGACGGCAAGGCGCAGAAAGCCUCGUGAAGUUAGCAAAGUUUGCUCUCAGUAUUAUAGCUGAUGUAGAAGCUACAGAUGACCGCAGCAUUGUCUACCUAGACAAAGCCCUUGCGUACUACGAUUCUGACGCGUUUCCUCGAGGUAUGGAUGCUGAAACCCAAGAAACUUGUUUCUUUCGCGCCAGAAAAAGGCCCAGCUGUACCGGAAAAGCUGGAGAAAGCACCGCCAGUAAUGAAGGAGUUCUACGUUGCCUUCUUGAGAGAGUCGUUGCACGAAGUGCAUCGUUAGUCGCUGCAUGGACUGCGACAGGAUUUACGCACGGGGUGAUGAACACAGAUAACAUGUCCAUCCUGGGCAUAACCCUGGACCUUAAUGUGUUUGGUUUUCAAGAAGCGUACGAUGAAGCGUAUGUACCGAACUUUAUCGACGAUGAAGCCCGCUAUGCAUUUGGCAAUCAGGCACAUGUUAUGCUCUGGAAUCUGGAACGAUUGGCAGACGCACUUAGUGGCGGCUCUCAGGGGCAAGAGCGGGAAUCAGCGAGAAGUAAAGGCGAGCAAAACAACAUGAACGAUUUGACAGAUUCUUGGUUGUCUGAUCGUGCGAGGACAACCGAACUGGGUCGAUUUCACAGUACCUACAAACUGUGCUGGGAUGCAAGACAGCGUAUACGACUAGGGCUACCUCUGACGCAAAAGACUCAAGGAGAUGACAUUAUUGAAUGUGAAAUCGGAGCUGAUGAUCAGGAAAGCGGUCAGGAAAGCUGCCAAAUCCGCGAAGACAAUCCAAUGGGCAGGGUCGAAAGUCUAUCUGAUGAAACUAAGAAAUUGGAUCCGAUUUUGUUUCAGUGGUUUAAAUGGCUUAGGUUGUCUCGAGCUGAUCUCAAUAGAGUGCAUCGGGCGCUCGCCGAUAUAGAUUUCGCUGAAUUAAUACAGCUGUGUAAUCGGAGUCUCGCUGACGAGGAAAUGUUCACUACUGCUAAUAAUCGAGGGGAUGAAACGGAGGCGAGUAGGGAUGUGCGUAAAGCGCAGGAAAUUGCACUGGUGCGACAGAAUGCACUUAUGCUAGUUACGAGUGCGGGAGUGUCCAAAGAAACUAUGGGCAGCGCACAGUACGAAUUGGUGGUCAACACACUAGAGUCUUGGCUCAGACAGUACAUAAAUACGUUGCAUGCCUCUGAGUCGACUCACAGCUUCACGCCCCACCGAUGGCAAAAACAUAUGCGAGCCGUAAAUCCGUCGGUAGUGCUACGAUCUCGUGCCCUGCGGAAAUUGACUAAGUAUGCGGCAGAAAAUGCCGAUGACGGCGCGAAUAUCUUAUCAGCUGUCACGGAGAUGGUUCGGCAUCCGUUUAAUACUAGCUCCACACUCGCCGUGGUUGACGAGAACAUCGAAGCCAUAGCGCUGCAGUCCCUGUCGGUCAUUCAGAAAACAGCGUGCGCAAGUACCUGCGAAGUUUCUUUUGGGCCUACUGGAGAAAGGGAGCAAAGUGGGUCUGCACUGUCUUCAUUUGGUGUGGAUACAUUGCUUAGUGUGGCGCGAGGACUACAACAUGCUCCUUUGGGCUGUGAGAUAUCAGGCUAUGAGAAGACUAGCUGCGGAGGACAAUAACAGGUGAAUGACAACAGGCAGCAAAGGACGUCUUUUGAAACAGGUUCAACAGAAAUUAAAGCCCCGUUUG